GAUUUUAAAUUUUAUUCGUCUUGAAACAAUAAUUCUUGAUAAUGUACGAGAUAAAAAUUUUAACAAAUUCUUUGAUUAUUUAAUAUGUUUAACUACUCUUCAUGCAAUAACUAUUUCUUUUGCUGGACAUAUUUCAUCAUUAGAUAUUAUUUUUUCUCAAAUAUUUCGUUUAUCGACAUUAAAAUAUUGUAAAAUUGAAUAUCAACAAUUAUUAUUUAUUGAUUUUAUUAAUUAUGAUUCUAGUUCAAUAGAAUAUUUAAUAAUAAAUGGUCGUUUUCCAUUUAGCGCAUUUCAUAAUUUAUUAUGUUGUCUUCCCAAACUUCAACAUUUAUCAAUUAAUUCUCUUGUUAAUUGUGGUGAUUAUCGAGAAAGAAACCAAUUAUCUUCUAUUCAAUUAAAAUAUUUAAAACAUGUUUCUCUUAAACUUGAUGUACAUUUUGAUAAAUUUGAGAAAAUUAUCAAAGAAUUUUUUUAUCAUAUUCAAAUUCUACGUCUUACAAUAGAGUGUGAUGACAGAUAUUUAGAUGCUAAACGAUGGCAACAAUUAAUCUUAUUUCAUAUGUCAUAUUUACGUAUAUUUGAUAUUAAUCAUCAAGGUUUUCUACGCGAAAUAGAUUUAAGAUAUCGUUAUAUAAAUAAACAAUUUUAUUCUUCGUUUUGGAAUGAAAAAAAAUGGUUUUUUAUAUAUUAUUAUGAAUCGAAACGCCAAUUUAAUUUUGAAACUUUUUAUUCGACUCGUCCAUAUCGAAGAAAAGAUUAUAUGUAUUAUACGGAGAUAGAUGAAAAACCUGGUUUACAUAAUCAAAGAGAAAAUUUCAAGUCAGUCAAACAUCUUUAUAUUGCGCGUAAAAUAAAACCAAAUUGUCGAAAUUAUUUUUCAAAUGUUAAUCAAUUAACUAUUGGAUAUGAUGUUGAAAUAUUAGAUGAUGAUUCAUUUAUAACAAAUCUUAAGUGUAUGAUUCCUUUAAAACAACUUACAAAAUUAGUUAUUAACCUUCGUCGUUUUCCAUUCGAAGAAAUUAUUAAAUUAUUAUGUUUAACACCUAAUUUACACACAUUACAAUUUGAUGAAUAUUCUUUGCAAGAGAUUGAUUCAAAUUUCACUAAAUACAAAAUACUUUUACAAUAUAUAUUAAAGAAAAAUAAAAUUGAAAAUUUAGUUCUUACUGGUAGAUGUUCAUUGAAUAAAAUUCGAUUCAUUGUUUGUGUAUUUUCGAAAUUAAAAUAUCUUAAAAUUGGAAUAAAUAGAAAAAUAUCAUCAAUAAUUCAAUAUUUAUUAUCAAAAACUCAUAAUCAAGCACAACACUUAUUUUAUUUAUGCAUUUCAACUGUUCCAAAAGUAUAUUUAAAAGAAACAAAAGAUUUAAUUAAAUUAGAGAAUUUACUUGAUAAUUACUCUAUUGAAUUUAUUAAUGAGGAUUUACAUUUAUGGUGGUAA